UCAUGCAUCAGGGCCCCCUCUCUCGUGAGCGAGGCGGUCCUUGGACACGAACACUGUGUCGGGCCAGUUAGAUCCAUCAUCAAGUGAUGGACCUGGGUGCGAGAUGGUCACACCUUCGUUCUUCAACGUCUCCUGCAGACAGACAGACAGACAGACAGACGGAUGAGCAACCUGGUCGUGAACCACCACACUUAUGUCUUGUCGCUUCCUCACCACCGCGUGCUUGCAUGCCAUGGCAACCACCGUCUGGACCGCCUUGUGUGUCUUGCCCUCCACAGUGAAAUCACGAGAGCCGGAAGGGCACCCGCGACAGUGCACCCAAACCUUGAUCCGCUGCGAGUCCUCGUCGUACCCGGCCACCAUGGUUACGCCGUCGGGCUGCAAGAUGGGCUGGUACACAUCGCGAAUGGUGGCCUGAGCGUUGGCGAGCAGCUCCGUCCAGACUGCAGGCAGUACAAAAAGACAGACACUUCACAACAAUCGGCGGUGUGCGUGCACAUAUGAGCCGGUGGCUCCUACGCGGAGGCGUGUUGUCGCUGCUCGAGGUGGGGAUGGCGGCAGGUGCGGAUGGCAUGCAUGCCGCACCGUCGUGGCUUGGCGAUGUUGGGCGGCCAGAGAAGAGUGGUUCUUCGGCCUGCAAGCACAAGGCGGUGCAUACACCGAUCCGUGUAUCAUUGUGCAUACGAGGCGCCAUGCAGCUCAUACCAUGGGAGGCGGGGCAGCUGAGAGAUUCAAUGGCAUCGGAACAUCCUGAGGGAAAGGUGCAAGCAGCCCCAUCCCGACACGCCCCAUUGUGUCAUCAGCGUCCUUUCUGUGCCCCACCUGCUGGAUGGAGGCCCUCGUCGAUUCGCUGGCGUUGGGUCGGGCAGCAGUGUUCGCUGCCAUGGCAACACCUACAGAGGACCAUGCGCAUGAGAAUCAAGCAAAUGGAUGGAUAGACACCCUACUCAUGCUGCCGCCAUCACAGCAUUGUGGGUGCCACACGGACUCGCUCACGGCCUGAUGGAUGGGUGUGCGUCUGCACAGAGCCUGAACAGACGAUCGCGAGAAUGGAUGAGCCUGCUGUGUGUGAAUGUGGUUCGUCGCAUGGUACCUCACUGAUGGGCGAGUGCUGGGCGUCGUUCGCCUGCUCCAUCAAGUCCAUUGGAGCACCAUAGUCGAUGGCUGGGGGCACCAGCGGCAGCGGCGAUGAAGCGUACACGCCCGACGGCUGAAGGAAACACACACGCACAAUGAUCAUCAUGACGUACACACCAUCGCUUGACGGCUUGCCAGUAAGGUGUUGUGUCCAAGUGCAUGGCUGGCCACUGGUACGCCCCCGGCAGCGACGGCGGCAGCAGCUGUCUGGACCAGCUCCGCAGUCACCGGCACGCCCGUGGAAAUCGCCGGCAAGAUUUGAGGGUGUGACUGCAGCGGAUGGAACCUGAAUGGAGAGCAGACAGAGGCACACGCGCAGACAGAGCUUUCUGUUUCGGUGUGGUGUGUGUGUGUGGCUGUUUCCGGCUCACCGGCGCUGCGUGUGGUUGUGUGCAGACGGCAGGGGCACCUGACAGACAUUGGCCCCACUUGCGACCUGACAGUGACAGGGGGUCACAGAGUGCAGCCAAGGACGCUGUCAUCUGGCCGGCCGGCCCGCCAACGUUCGUGUAGGCGGCUCACCUGAGCAUGGUUGUCGGCUCGGAUCUGCCCAUCCUCACGUCCACGGUGUCUGGCCGACUUGGCAGCGCGGUCCUGCAGAGACCAUUUGGUCUCUGGGUGCGCUGCUUCUUCGUUUGUGACGUGCAUCUAGAUGUCGUACCUGAGGGUCGCUACUGGCGACACUGCCGUUGAGUCGCUUGGGGCGGGGCGCCUGAGAUGAGAAGAACGAAGUCCCAAGAGGCACACACAUCAAUCGACACACACACAUAUGCAGAGAGAGGACAGACAGUUGGUCUCACCGGGGGGAUCGGCAAUUGAAUAGGACGGCCGGCACGAGCAGCAACAGCAGCAGCAGCAGCAGCAGCCUGCAGUAGACAGGGGCAGCGCAAGGCACAUUCAGGUUGCCAGUGCACGGCAGAUACCCUGCGUCUUCUCACCUGAACGCUUUCAGCCCCUUUCCCCAUCCUAUCUUCAACGACGUUUCUGAAGCUUCUGCCUUGCUGGGCGGAAGUCACGACAGCCUGCACAACAGCCGUGGUGAUAAGAGAGGAUCUGAUGCUGCGUGUGGACCUUACCUGGUAGAUGAAGGGAUCCACCGACUGCCUCCGCAGCUCCAGCUGCAUACACACACACAUCAGGAAUGGGACAGUGAACAUGUGUCUGUGCGCCUGUGGGUGCGGGCGCGUACCUGCUGAAUCAUCAGAGGACGCUGCUCGGCGUAGAGACGCUGCUCGUGCCGACGAAGCGCCUCUGCCCUGAGUUUCUUGACCUGGUUUGCCGUCAUGUGAGGCAGGUACAUGCGGCGGAGGUGGUCGGUCUUCCAGUGGUCGCUCUUGUUGGCGAAGGCCCUGCCGCACAGCUGUCCGUUCUCGAUGACGACGCACGUCUCGACGAACUUGGCCAAGCCCCUGCUGUACUUGACCGGCGUGAAGGGGAUGUGACCCCCCGGCUGGCCUUUGUAGUGCACGUGUAAGGCCGUGCGGGGGUCGUGGCUGCCCCGGGGCGCUGGCUGCUGUCCCGGGAGGGAUGCAAAGGGCGGUAGGAGGAUCUGCUUCCGGUGUAAGGAGCCUCCUGCCUCCCUCUUCCUCCCUCCAACUGGACCAUUGCCAGACCGAAGCGCGUUCAAGUCCUCGACGUCCGCGGCUGUGAUAGCGAUAUCCCAUCCCUCGCCGAAGAAGUACUCGACGCUCUCUUGGGUGAGCCAUAUGGGGCUGGGAGUGUUGGUGAAGAGGGGGUCGACCGUGGUCCUGGAGCGAGCCGUGUCCAGCUGGAUCCACCGCCAGUACUCGGCCGCCCUCUUGAGGACGUCAUGUGCCGAUGCCGUGUUGGGAUCUGGGCAGACAAGCGGACAGUGACGCUCACGCCAGCCAGCGCAUGUCCCGUGUCGGUGUCGUAUUGUUACCCAGGGGAGAUGGAGGAGCUGGACGAGAGCUCGGCGCAUUUUUCCUUGGGCCCCUCUUCUCCUUCGUCUGUUUCUCCAACACACAGCAUGAACACACAAGCACGUCCCCACGUAGGAUGCUUUCAGUUUCGGUGAGCUUGCCAUACGUGAUGCCCCCCAGCGGCCGCAGCAGCCGAGGAAGAUACGCCUUCUGCCUCGCUGUCUGACGAGUCACGCAGCGACGGAGGUGGGUCGCCUAUGGACAGAUGCACAAGCAAAGCAACACAUGCAUGGCGCACCGUCGUGCUUCUGAGGGCAAUACCUCACCAGCGGCAUAUGGUGGGUGCAUCGGAGCUUGGCCGUCUUGCAGCUGGUUUGACAUAUAGGCCACGUCACAAUCCACUGAAACACAGAAGGCGGAGGACAGUCAGCUGAGUGCGCAUGUUCACUUCUGCGCCUACGUUGCAUGUCCGGAGGCGCAUAGUCACACGGCCGCCACUGCUGAGGAACAUCAGCUGACAAAAGGCACACGGAGGCGUGCAUGAGAUGGCUCUAUGGGCAGACGUGUGUCACGUGAGUCACCUGCGAGCGUCUCCGUGUUGUCCGGUGACUGCCAGUCGAUUUCACCGGGCAGACCGAAGCCUGAGGCAGAGCCCAACAAACGACAUUAUGCAGAACAUACUGGUGUGGCGCUUUGGUGCCUGCGGCGCACCGUCUGCGUCACCGACGACUUGAAACCAGACGGGGCUGAGCAGCUCAGGAACGACCGAGUCCGCGCACCCUGAGCAGACGCGCACGGGGCAUAAGCACAGUGGGUGGGUGGGUGGGUGUCUCAGCUGACCUUCCAUCUCGAUACUGACGUAUUCCCCUGAUUUGUGGACUUUGCGGAUCGGUAUACCGGUCGCUUCGGCCUUGGAAAAGACCUCAGCCUCAUCGGCCGCAAGCACCCACAUUCUCACGGCUGACAGGGAAACACACAAAAUAGAACCGUGUGAAUGUGUGCACUCAGGGCUGACGGACGUAGGCAUCAAUCGAUACAAUGCAAUCAUCCCUGUUCUCAGCACUCACCGGCAGGCGGGGCGACGCUGGUCAUUGCAGACCGAUCAGGCAUGUCGAUCUGCCCAUGGGCACUCUCUCCUCCUGAGAUCAGUCAGGUCAACAGCACACGUGCCAUGUGAAUGAGUGCAUUCGCGCAUGGCCCUCUCUCAGCUGCUCACCCAUCGGUGUGUCGGCUGCCGGCUGCUCCACAUGGUGGUCCUGAGAGCGAGACAGCACAGAGGUGCCUUGAUGAGGAGUUGCAGCGGCUUCCACAUCACUCACGCGUACCUGCCCGCUGCCGCCCAU